AUGAUGAGCAAACCUGCCGGCUCAACAAGUGGCUGUUUGGAUAUUCUCAAUGUCAAGUCAAGUCGCAUUUUGGACAUCCCGUGCAAAGUGUGCGGAGACCGCAGUUCGGGCAAGCACUACGGCGUCUACGCCUGCGACGGCUGCUCGGGCUUCUUCAAAAGGAGCAUUCGCCGAAAUAGAACUUACGUGUGCAAGUCUGGCUCUCAGGGUGGGUGUCCUGUAGACAAAACUCACAGAAACCAGUGCAGAGCAUGCCGCUUGAAAAAGUGCCUGGAAGUCAACAUGAAUAAAGACGCCGUCCAACACGAGAGGGGACCCCGAACGUCCACCAUCCGAAAACAGGUGGCCCUGUAUUUCCGAGGUCAUAAAGAGGUCAAUGGGUCGUCUACGCAUUUCCCAGGCUCUUCCCUGCCGGGGCCCCCCUUCUUCACCACAGUCACACAACUGGAGCCUCACAAUUUGGAUAUGAGUACGGUGGCUAGCACACCAGAGAGGCAGGCCAUCGUGGGCCUGGCACAGCCAACCCCAAAGUACCCCCACGAAGUCAGCGCCACCCCCAUGUACCUGUACGAGGUGGCCACGGAGUCGGUCUGCGAGUCAGCCGCCCGCCUCCUUUUCAUGAGCAUCAAGUGGGCCAAAAGUGUGCCGGCCUUUUCUACGCUGCCCUUAUCUGACCAGUUGAUUCUGUUGGAAGACGCAUGGAGGGAAUUAUUUGUGCUGGGCAUUGCGCAGUGGGCUAUUCCUGUGGACUCUACGACUUUACUUGCCGUUUCUGGGAUGAACGGCGAAAACACGGAAUCCCAGCGGAUGAACAAGAUCAUGUCCGAGAUCCAAGCGCUUCAAGAGGUGGUCACCAGGUUCCGACAGAUGCGCCUGGACGCAACAGAGUUUGCCUGUUUGAAAUGUAUCGUGACGUUCAAAGCCGUCCCAACACAGGGGGGUGGAGAGUUGAGAAAUUUCCGCAACGCCAGUGCCAUCGCUGCGCUACAGGAUGAGGCACAGCUUACACUCAACAGCUACAUACACACCAGGUACCCAACUCAACCGUGUCGUUUCGGCAAGCUACUGCUGCUCCUGCCUUCCUUGCGCUCCGUCAGCCCGUCCACCAUCGAGGAGGUUUUCUUCAAGAAGACCAUCGGCAACGUGCCCAUUACCAGGCUUCUGUCCGACAUGUACAAAUCCAGCGACAUAUGA